AUGUCCGCGCGUAGCCCACACAACUCGCCGCCCGUUUUUCCGCCUGUGUCCAUACAGACAGAGAGGGAGGGACUCGGGGAAAGCCGCGCUGUUCAUGCAGCUGGAGACUCUGGCGAGGAAGACCUCGGCGCGAGUUGGCUUGGAUCCCACGCUGGGGGCCGUUCUGGAGCCGUCGAGGCAAGAGGGAGGAAGAAGAAGAGCGAGUCGGAUCUGCGCCGAGCUGCGCGCCGUGCUGAGCAGAGAGCCAAGCAAGAAGAGCGCGACAGUAAAGAGGAUGCAUGCACCGCCACAGAAAAAGACGGGAAAGGAGAGGCGGAGGAUAGACGUGGCAGAGGGAAAAGAGAUAAAACGGAUCAAGUUGACAGAGAGGAGCGGGACAUGCUCCGUCUGAGUCGCGCGGGAGACCUCGAGGGAGUGAAAAACCUGCUCGGAGUGACGAUAUCGCCUCAAGGGUACAAAUGCAUGCCAGACAAAACGUUUCUCCUCAACUGCAAAGACACUCUGCAACGACCUUGUCAGGCUCCUCCUGCGAUGUGGGGCGAGCCCAAAGGCGUGUGCCCAAGACGGCCUAACGCCGCUUCACUUCGCGGCUCAGAAAGGACACACAGAGACACUGGAAAUGUGCGGGGCGGUGCCAAUGUACAUGCUCUUGUUCAUCGAGGCCGGCGAUCGGCUCUUCACUUCGCCUGCAAGAACGCGCAUCUGAACGCGGCCCUUCUCCUCGUCCAAUACGGUGGCGAUUUGGACCUGGAAAACGCCCAGGGGGAGACGCCCCUCAACGGCCUUAGCGAGGAAAUCCAAGGCCUUCUGCGUCAGGCGGCGACGGUGGCUGUAAAACGAGGAGCGGGGUCGAGCAAGAGCAGGAGCAAGCUGGCGGACGGGAAGGCAGCAAGGGCCGAAGAGGACUCGCGACAAGACGAAGACGGAAAGCUCGGGGAGGGACAGGAGGAAGGUGCCGAACCCGCGCCGGACAGCGCCGCUCGAAUGAUUGGGCCCCUGUUGAGCGAGGAGGCCGCAGCGCGGAUUUCAGUCGAAGGUUCGCUCGCAGAGGACGGUGACAUUCGCAGGAAAAGGGAGAGAGAGGAAGACGACGACGAACAUGAGAGCAAAAAGGAACGGAGAAUAGGGACGCACGAGGAACGGAAAAGACCCGCGGCACCAACCAAUCGUGCACGCCUGCCUGUCAUCUGUGCUGCCCAAGAUGAUGAAGACUGA